AUGAUGGCUGAUGGAUGUUGCAGAGGGAUGGAAAGAGGCAGGGGUAAGAUUGCAUCAGAUUCUUUACCGAGAUCCGCAUAUACUCAGCAGUAUGUCCAGACCGGAUCACAGCAGCAGGGCAACGACAUCCAGGAGUUAGCCUCCAAACGCGUCGACAUCCAGAAGAAACGCUUCUACCUGGAUGUGAAGCAGAGCGUCCGCGGACGCUUCCUGAAAAUAGCCGAGGUGUGGAUUGGAAGAGGCCGUCACGAUAACAUCAGGAAGAGCAAGCUGACGCUGUCGAUGUCGAUGGCCCCCGCUCUGCGCUACUGCCUGGGAGACUUCAUAGAUUAUUAUGCCCGGAUCGGACUGCGGGGGGGCCUCGCGCCUCCGCAGCUCGAGGAGCACAGCAACGACGGCCAGGGCCGCGCGCACGACUCCCGCAGGAGAGCGCAGGAGCAGCACGCGGCGCUGUCUCCCACCGGCUCCGCGGUGUCCGACGACCAUGCCCACCGCGUCCUCAAGAGCGAGUUCAUCGAGAGGGACAACAGAAAGUACUUUCUGGACCUGAAGGAGAACCAGAGAGGGAGGUUCCUCCGCAUACGGCAGACCGUCAGCAAAGGACACGGCACGAUGGGCUACUACGGCCAGGGCAUCGAGCAGACCAUCGUGCUGCCCGCGCAGGGGCUCAUCGAGUUCAGAGACGCGCUGUCACAGCUGAUCGAAGACUACGGCGACGAGGAGAGCGACGAGCGCGGCCGAGUCGGCUCCAGGAACCACGACGACAGCCCCGAACUCCCCGAGGCUGCGUCCUUCCGCGUGGACAACAAGAGGUUUUACUUUGACGUCGGAUCCAACCGGUACGGUGUCUUUUUAAAAAUUAGCGAAGUGCGGCAGCCGUACAGGAACACCAUCACCGUCCCCCUCAAAGCCUGGGCGAGAUUCGGGGAAAAUUUCAUCCGGUACGAGGAGGAGAUGCGGCGCAUUUUCUCCUGUCACAAAGAGAAGAGGACAGACGCGCGGCAGGACAGCGAGGAGCAGGAGGACUGA